AGCGGGUGGUCAUGUGACUGGGAGCAGGAAGUGCAGCAGCAGGUCGGCGGUGGAUCAGUGGGAGCGGAUUUUACAUUAAUUUAAUGAUUAAUUAUUAAAAUCAGCGCUAAUCGAUACACCGCGCCUGACCCCGCCCCCCCGGACCCGCGGGGAUAUUAAUAUCUGAUCAAUAAACCCGGGGGAGCAGGAGGACUGGAGCUAAAGCUAAGCUAAAGCUAGGCUAAGCUAAGCUAAAGCUCCGGGAUGGCGGCGGCGGUUUUCUUCGGCUGUACGUUUAUCGCGUUCGGUCCCGCGGCGGCUCUCUUCCUCUUCACCAUCUCCCGCGACCCGCUCCGCGUCAUCUUCCUCAUAGCGGGGGCGUUUUUCUGGCUGGUGUCGCUGCUGUUGGCGUCGUUGGUGUGGUUUGUUACGGUACAGAUGAGUAAUAAGGAAAGCUCCUCUCAGCAGAAAGCUCUGCUCAUAUUCGGGGUGGUGCUCUCCGUCCUCCUGCAGGAGCUCUUCCGCUUCGCCUACUACAAACUACUCAAGAAAGCUAAUGCAGGACUGCUGGCCAUCAGUCAGGAGGACACCAUGCCCAUCUCUGUCCGUCAGCUCGCUUACGUCUCAGGUCUGGGGUUCGGGUUUAUGAGUGGGGCGUUUUCAGUGGUGAACAUCCUCUCAGACUCGGUCGGACCCGGAACCGUCGGGAUCCACGGAGACUCCCAGCAUUACUUCAUCUCCUCAGCUUUUAUGACUCUGGCUAUAAUCCUGCUGCACAUGUUCUGGGGCGUGGUGUUUUUCGAGGCCUGUGAGAAUCAGAGGUGGUGGUCUGUGGGCGCCGUGGUCUUCAGUCACCUGCUGGUGUCGUGUUUGACGUUUGUGAACCCGCAGUACGAGGGCAGUCUGAUCCCCACAUACCUGGUUCUGUGUGUGAUGGCGGGCUGGGCGUUCUCCUGCGCCGGCGGAUCUCUCAGAAACCUCAAACUCUGUCUCACCUGCAAAGACAAGGACUUCCUCCUGGCCAAUCACAGGCCUAGAUAACACCUGAGCCCCACCCAGAACUCUCUCUCUCUCUGUCUGUAGCCGAGCGGGUGGAGCUCGCGGGACAGCGGGUCAGGUCUCGCACGGAUCUACAGGACUCCAAUAGAAUUUAAUUUCUGCAUAAAUUUACCUUUUUAUUUCCCAUCUACUGUUUCCUCUUCUGUUCCUACAGAUAAUCACUGAGUGUGUGUGUGCGUGUGUGUGAGCGUGAGUUUGUAUGCACACUUGUGUGUGCGCUUGAGAGUGUACGAGUGUGCGUGAGCGUGUGUGCGUGAGCGUGUGUGCGUGAGCGUGUGUGCGUGAGAGUGUGUGCGUGAGAGUGUGUGCGUGAGAGUGUGUGCGUGAGAGUGUGUGCGUAAGAGUGUACUUAUGCGUGAGAGUGUGCGCGUGAGAGUGUGCGCAUGUGCGUGUGUGUAUGUAUGUAAUCACCGCUAGGGGGCGCUGCAGAGUUCAGCAGCUUGUUGGAGGGUUUUGAGGAGCAUCUGAUCUGAUUUGCUUCCUAAUUAAGAUGAAAACGGUGAUUUUAAUAUUCUAUAAAAACAGCCUGAAGUCCGAGUUAAACCACAGUGAAAACAUGCAGAUCCUGCUGAAUAUCAGUCAGGGUUAAUGUCUGAACCCAUCAAUGACUUUAAAUCUCAUAGUGUAAAAGCACUGGCAGUUACUGCUGUAACUAACUACAGCCAAUCAAAACGCAGAACAGAGAGUAAUUUAAAUAUUCCCCAUUAAAAGAGCAUUACUUUACUGUAGGAGUUAAAAGCUGAACCUGGUAUAAACUGGAGCAGAGCUGAGAAACGCUGCUUAACGCUGAUCGUAGAUCAGUUUAAGAUCCCUCCUGUGUGCCUUCUGUCAGGGCAUUAACUAACAUUAUCUCAUACCGUCCUUAAUUAGGGUUUAAUAAUCUAAUUAUUUUAUUAUUUUAACUUUUUUUUUGUUUGUUUUUUGCUUUCUGAAUCAUUAUUUAUAAGUCUAGUUUUGUUAACUUUCCCAUACUGUAGCCCUAUCUGGACGGGAUUAGUUUCUGUGUAAAAUAUUUCACACUUCUACUGUUCAGUGAUAAAACUCCUGCAUCCGGACUGCAGUUAUAAAAACAGGAGGAUCAGUGAGGUUUUAGCUUUUUUCUCGGUCACAUGACAUCAUUACAGCGUUCAGUAGCUCCUCCAUUUUCACUUGCUGUUGUGUUUUUAACGUGUGUAAUUACGGUGCGCAGCAGUGGAUAAAUAUCUAUUUUAUUAAAGGCGAGGAGACGAAACUCAGAGAUGUGCGUCCGGACGGGACUAAAAUUACCGGAGGAGCACGGAGUUCAGAGAAAAACAGUAGAUAAUUCAGCCUGUAAUUUUCUCAGAGGACGUCUGAGAAAAACACCUACAUGAUCGUUCUGGACGGGAAUAAAAUCACAGAGGAUAAAAACCCCCAUAAAAGAGAAAAUUACCCCCUGAGAAACUAAUCCUGUACAGAUAGGGCUUAAGGCCAAUUUUCCAUUAUUACCAUUUAUCUUUAUAUUUUAAUAUGGUUUAAAACAGAGCGGUGAUUGGAUCUGAUCAGGUACCACUGACUGUAUAUAAACAUGGAUCGUGUGAUUCUGUUUCCUCCUGUUUUAUAGAAAUGAAGCCAAAUUUUAUACCAACUGUAGUUAAAUUGGUAAAUAGACACCAGAGGCGGAGCCAAGCAUCACAAACCCAACAGUCGGCGUAUUUUAUUACCAAAAUAUUGGUUAUUUCCAAUAAAUAUUAUAUUUCCAUCUAAUUACAGUAAAUUAUUUCUGGAGAAUAAAAAUCUGUAAUAUUAGCAGAAAGAAAACUGACUUCUGGAAUUAAAAAACUGGAGCUGGAAAGACUUUAGUUUAGAGAAGAAAAAAAUUAGAUUGUAAAAAGUUGAGACCGUUUUGCUAUUGGAAUACAUGGUGAUGGGCGGAGCUUAUAAUCAUACGAUGUUGCACAGUCCAUGCUUUUAUACAGUCAUUGGUCGGUACGUUAAAUCAUGCUGAGCUUGUUUCUGAUUGGCAGAGAGCACGAAUGAUGAUGAUUUAUUUUUUUCCACUACAGUCGGACUGAUGCUGAGUUUAUCUGAGAUUUUCAUUUUUUCUGUCUUACUUCAAAAGAUAUUUCUCUCUUUAAGUUAUCCUUGUCUGUACAAAGGGUGAAAGUUCCUUAUUGAAAUUGUUUUAGGUGAAAUAUUAUGAUUGUUCUCAUCAUUAUUUCAAUAAAACCACACUGUGUAAAAAAUAAA